GGUGGGCAUGGUUCCCAGCCGGAAGUUUUAUGAAGUUGAACAAAGGAGUCGGUCAGUAACUCAUCGAAUUUCUAAAGAAAGUUAGUCUCUUUUGCACGAGUUUCUACAGUUUCUUCGGUUUGAUCAAAUACAAGGACGACUGGUCGGCCUUUGUUAGACGUGUAUUUUAGAUCUUACCGACAGUACUUAGAUGUCAAAAGGAAAUGAAAUACCUGUAGAAGUGUUCACGGAAAAUAUUUACAUGGAAUAUGGAAUACAUCAAAAGCAAAAUGGGGAUAUUGAAGAUUAUCGAAAUUAUCUUCACUUGCGUUGCAUUUUCAUGCAUAACAGUUUCUAAGAAUGGAUUUGAGGAUGACUUUCUUGAAGAACAUAAAACUCGCUACAAAUCUAUGCAGAUAUUGAACAUUUUUGGAUUUUUAGUGGCAAUUUUCAUCGUCGUCUCAGUUUCCUGUACCCAAUCAAACCAGGAUUUUCUUCUCCUUUUGAAGAUUUUGAAUAUGUUUCUCUGUAUUAUCAUGGUUUUCGGGUGCUUUAUUUCCGCGAUAGUCAUGUCGAAAGAAGCAACGCAUGAGUACGACAGCGUCCUAUACAAGACAAACCAUGGCAAGUGGAGGUGGUAUACCAAUAACACCAUCGCAGCUGUCGUUGUUGAUUUCCUUGCAGCAGCAGCUUUUUUCAUCGACGGUAUUAUGCAAAUCCGUGAGCACGCACGUGAAGCUCAAGCUACCGCACGUCGCCGUCCCAGGACCAUAGGAGAGAAAUUUCUAGAUUUCUUUGAUCAAAAGAUCCGUACGGUCGAGUCGUGGGUUUAAAACCUCAGUGCUAUUUGACGGUGUAUUUGUGUGUAGCAUUCGAAGGAUGGACAAAACAACAAUUAUUGACAUAAAAUAAGCAAGAAAGAUAGAUUAUGAAAAUCUCGAGCGUCAUUAGAACAGAAAUGUAUCGAUGGACGUGUUAGUGCUUUAUCUAAACAGUUCAAAAUAUCAAGAUAACAAAAAUUCCACCUCUAGAAAAGGAUGUACCUAACAAGAGGAUUAAUUAGACAUGCCACAAUAUUGUAUGCAAAUUAACAAUAGUAAGGGAGAUGAAUGAAUGGAAUUAUUCAUAUAAAGAAGAAAUGCAAUUGUUAA